AUGCCCGCUACACGCGUCGGAAUUAUUGGUUAUGGUAAUUUGGGAAAAUUCCUGCAUGCCGAGCUCCGGAAACUGCCAGAAUUUGAGGUGGUGAGAGUAUGGAAUCGCAGUCAUAUUGAUGGUAUCCAGCCAAUCGAAGAGAUCAAUGAGAAAAAUUUGAAGGACAUCGAUUUGGUCGUCGAAGUGGCGCAUCCUGACCUGAUGGCGACGUAUCUAGAGACAAUUUUGGCUCAUGCUGAUCUUUUUAUUGGUUCCCCAACUUGCUUGGCGGAUGAUGGACUCAUGGCUACGACCAAAAAGUUGUUAGCUGAGAACCCUGGACGACGAGUAUUCGUCCCGGCUGGAGCUUUUUGGGGCGGGAAUGACAUCCAGAAAAUGGCAGAGACCGGGUUAUUACAGGCGCUCACUGUCACCAUGACAAAGCAUCCAAAUUCCUUUAAACUCCGCGAGCCGUUGGCGGCAAAGAAUGAAGAGGCAAAGGAAGGGGAUCAGCCGGUGGUUUUAUAUGAAGGACCUGUGCGCGACCUCUGCCCCAUUGCGCCUAACAAUGUUAAUACCAUGGCCGGAGCUUCGGUUGCUGCCUUCAACCUCGGGUUUGAUGGCGUCAAGGCUAAACUGGUUUCGGAUCCAAAACUUCACGACUGGCACAUUGUAGAGGUACUCGCGGAAGGGCCGGACGGGUUUCAGGUGCAUAGUAUCAGGAAGAAUCCGGCAAAACCUGGAGCUGUAACAGGGCAAUUGACGUACUUUUCGUUUUUAUCAUCGAUUAAAGAAACUCGCCACAAGCCCGCCGGACUUCAGAUUUGC